AUGAAUCAAAGUUUUCCGGCUUUUGUCAGUUUCCAUUCGCUGAGUAAUUGCUUCGCGUACGCUAAAUCGUUGACAGCAAUAAAUGACACAAAGGAUUUGUCAUCGCUUAAUGAGGUACGCCCCUGUCUUUGAACAGAGAACUAUGUAGAACUGAUCAGAAAAUUAUUAUCCUAUUCCAAAAGUAACCGUGAAGUUCAAAACUUUUCAGAAAUUCGGCGGACCAUUACUCGGCAAUUUCCGGAUGAGAAGCUGUGAAAAUCCGAAUAUAUAUUGUGAUCUUCAAGUUUUCGGCCACUCGCCUUUCACCAACGUUUUCGUCAAUUCAGUCUUUGCGGAGGUCUCCGGUUUCCAGGAGAGACAAGAGGUAUCGCUUUUUGAGUGGGGGGGGGGGUGUAAUCCGAGAAAUGUGAGAACAGGGAUGGGGGAGGUCGAAAAGGUAGGGGAAGAGUAAAAAUACCACUUUUGGAAAAGGGAAUGAAAAGGAAAUGAGUCCAAAAAUCAAAAAAAUGAAAUGGCUUCUCUGGUAAGAAACACUUGGAAAUUGACCGAUUCAUAGGAGGAUUUUCUAUGAAAAACGCUACAAAAGAUUAAGAAUUAGAAGAAAAUUGAUGAUACUUUGAUUCUUCUGGGCAUAGUAAUUUUGAGACGAAUAAAAAACCCGAAUUUGCAGGUGAUUCUCGAAAGAAUCGACUCGAAAACAUAUUGCUCGUACAUCGAAGUGGCUCCGCGCACCGAUAACGACUACUCCGUCAUAGUGAGUAAGGCGAACAAAUGCAGUAAUGCGGAAAUUGAAAAACAGAGAAAAACAGAGGAGCGAAUGAAUGAAUGAGUGAACAAUUUGUUGCAGGCACACUCGCAAGCUUCCAUCGAAAACGACUUCCUCAAUCAAAUUCGUCUGGUGUCUCAAAACAUGAUUAUUCCCUACUUUCUUAGUCCGGGAGUCUAUGUUCAGUUCAGAAUUUGUGAGUUAGGGAAGGAAAUGAGAGCGGAAGGGAAGCGCUGAGAAAAAAAUGGCCGCGAUUUUCAGAAUUCCCGGAUUUUUCAGUAUAGAGUAUCCUCAAUAAAAUGCUUAGGUAACGAAGAAAGUAGAACAAGCCGCAGGUUUCCCGUAAAACGUCAACUUUUUCAGUGAAUAUCGUGCCGGCAACGAGUAAACCGGUCGUUCUGAACAAUGAAACCGAACUACACGUGCAAACAGUGACAGAAGGAUCUCAAAGUGACGAGAAAUCUCAAAUGGCGCAAAGAGUGUCAAAUGUGAGUCCCCUUCCCCUCUCAAAAGCUUAUUUGUUGAUCAUUAGUGAACCUAUUCAUGCAUGUGAAAACAUGAAAGCUCACACCCUCGGUUUUUCAGAUUGUCCAAGAUCUGAGCACCCAGGGAUUUUUGUCCAAUUACGUCAUCAAUUUGGACAAAGCUCCAUUAGUUGGAAGGGUGUUGCCGAAGAAAAUCGUCGAAUCAUGGAUCAAAUCGGAGAUUGAGAAAAUGGAUAAAUCGACUAUUUAUAUAGCGGGAAAACGUGAGAAUUUGCAGAAAACUUUUGGAAAAAAAACGAACAUUUCAGUGAACUGCCCUUACCCGGAGCACGGAAUAGUGGAAGUACGCUCCCAUGCACGGAUAGAGGGCGAAGAGCACGUACAAUUCUUCUAUUUGCAUCGGACGACUGGAAAUUUGAAAAAGAAAAAUGAUGCGUUGAACUAUUCACUCGCACAUCUGUUUGACUCUCUUCAGGUUGGAUACUUUAUGACGACGACAAAAGAAUAACGGGCAGAAACAUAACAUGUGUUAUUCAGCUCGUCAAUAGAUUGCAUUGUGUUGACGGAAGUUCGAGUUUGGAGCCGUAUGCAAAUAUCAAAAUUUCCGCAGUUCCGGAGAACCGCAUUUGUACGUUAAGGUAUUGCGAAGUGCUUAUGGAAAAAGAGGUGAGGACGAGGAAUUGCUCUGGUCUUGAUGGUUUGUACCGGAAAUGGAGAUGUAUGCAAAUACCAAACCUGCUCCAAGCGACGUUUUUUCAUCAAAAAUUGAAAAUGAAGCGUGCUAGGACAAAAGUUGAGAAACAUUUUAUACAAUGUGAAUAUUUGAAUACACACGGGUACCUUUCAAAUGAGCAAAUACAAACUAUUACUCAUCUUUUGAUUUCUAUCACAGCAAUGCACACUCCGUACUAACGUUGAAGAAUAUAAAUUUUGAGACGUUGCAAUGGAUAGAAGAGUUCGAGAUGACAAGUGUUUUGACAAAAUCUCUACAUUCCAAACUCCAAGGAAAUCCCAUUUUGUUGUCUGUCGAAGGAAAGGAACUCGAUGUCGCACUCGAUGGUAAUUUCGUUUCCUUUUUCUUCUUUUUUCUCAACACGUUUUUUAUUUCCAGACAAAAUAAUCCGAGUGAAAGUGGUGCCGAGCAUUAAGGGAUUGCAGAAAAGAGUGUCGGAGAGCACAUGCUUUUUGUUGGAUUUGACCACAGAGAUGAUUUAUAAGGUAAUAAUAGCGAUUGUGGGGAGAGGCAGGGAAUGAAAAUUUGUGCUUUGCUUGAAAAACGAAGAAAAAUACGUCUAGACCUUUUGUGGAUGACUAGGCAUUUGGGGUGUUGACGUGAAACUACAAAUCUAGAUGUUUGACCAGUCGGAGGCGAAAAGUUUUCAGAAAACCGCAGAUGGGAAGCAGAAAUCAAACGAUUCGGACGGAUCUCGUCGCAGGAGGAAGCGACCAGAAGACACAGAAAGCGAGCACAAACCAGACACAAGCUCGGAAAACUUUGGAUUAGCACAAAUUGAGGAUUUUGUUCAGACAGGGUCGGUCCUAUUCGCUUUUCCUUUUGCUAUUUCGCAAUUGACAAUUUCCAGAAGUCACUCAAAAAAGCUAUCAGAACUGGACAAAAUAUGUCGUGACGGAAGACAACAUGUACUGAUUCUGGGAGCUUCUGGAUCGGGAAAAACAACAUUUAUCAAAAAAUUGGCGAGACGAAUGUCUUAUAAUUCAUCGGUGACCUUUUGUAAAUUGGUCCCUUGCGCGUUAUUGAAAGGUUACCUAUCAGAAUCUUUGAACGGCUCAAAAAUUGCAAAAUUUUUCAGGACGCUCCGCUGACACUAUUGAAAAAAUGUUGGCCGAAACACUUUUGGAAUUGGAGCUCAAAAAGCCGUCAUGUCUAUUUCUGGAUGACUUUGACAUAAUUCUGCCGCAAGUCGAUCAGGAACAGAGGCAAUUGGCAAUGGAGAAAGUGGUGUCCGGUAAUCAAUUAUUAGGAGAGACUCCGUCCCGCUAAACUCUCAAAACACAUUUAUCAUAUGUAUGCCACCCCUCCAUCCUUCCUUCUUCUAUCCCUUCCCACUUAAUCCACUCGUCUCCUUUUUGCAGUGUUCAGUCAGAAGCUGCGAACAACUGGCGUUAGUGUGAUACUUGUCGCCCAGCGUCUGUCCACCCUCAAUGACGGAUUCGUGGAGCAGGUGAUGCGUGCGAGACCCAUCGUUUCCCGCAAAGUAGAGUUGGGACAGUUGAGAAAGGUUUGCUUUUUCAUUUAA